UGCAGCAUGCAGUAACCACAAAAUAUCCCUGGGGUAUGUUCUGUGGCAGUAACCUCUGUGAUCUGCGGAUGUAAACCACAUUAAACUUACAAGCAAAUCAAGCAUUUUUUCCGUGUAAAAUGGGACGAAAAGGUCGCAGUGUGCGAAAUAAUAAGAAUGUGUAUACUGAGCCCGAUGAAGUAGUUAAUGCGCCACAUUCCUUCGUCAUCCACAAAGGGCUUCCAGGCGGAAGCACUUUGGAGCUGACCAAAGACUUCCGCAAAGUGAUGGAGCCGUUCACAGCUUCCUCCUUGAAGGAGCGUAAGAAAAACACUAUAAAGGACUUCGUCGCUGUCGCCGGUGUGCUGCACGUGUCGCAUUUAUCAAUAUUUUCUCGCACCGAACUGGGCAUGUACUUGAAAAUAACGCGGCUACCUCGUGGGCCGACGCUCACCUUCAAAAUACACAACUUCACUUUGGCCAGAGACGUUGUGUCUUCGCUGAGAAAGCAAAUGGUGGUUGAAGAAGCCUUCAAGCAUUCGCCCCUGGUGAUUCUGAACAGCUUCAGUGGCGAGGGCUUGCAAAUGAAGAUGAUGGCGUCCAUGUUCCAAAACAUGUUUCCCACAAUUAACUUAACAAACGUGGACCUCAACUCGAUCAGGCGGUGUGUGAUGUUGAAUUAUAAUCCCGCCACUAAACUAAUCGAUUUUCGCCAUUAUAACGUCAAAGUCGCCCCCGUGGGCAUUUCCAAAGGCGUGAAGAAAGUUGUGCAAGGAAAGGUUCCGAACUUGGCCAAAUGUGAUGAUAUUGCCGACUAUUUUUCCAAAACAGCAGUUAUGUCCGAAAGCGAAGCUGAAGAUGACCCAACUAAUCACGUAACGAUUUCGCAAAAAAUGAUAUCAAGAGGGAACAUUGAAUCGGGGAACUCCGCCAUCAGACUAUCUGAGCUCGGCCCCAGAUUAACGCUGCAAUUGAUGAAAAUCGAGGACGGUCUUUUGGACGGGGAAGUUCUAUAUCACGACUUGAUCCACAAGUCUGAAGUGGAGAUACUGGAAAUCCAAAAAAAGCGGGAGAUGAAAAGGAAAUUGAAAGAACGCCUGAAAAAAACACAGCUGGACAACAUGAAGGCGAAGGAAGAGCGCAAAAAGGAGCACAAAGAAAAGUCCCUAAAAGGCAUGAAGAAGGAAACUGAAAACGAAGUGCAAAUGAAGAAACAUUCGAAAGAGUCCAACGAAGAAACGAAAAUCCCAGACGAUGACGACCGGCAAUAUUAUAAGGCAGAAGUCGGUGAAGACCCAGAUGCAGGUCUUUUCUCGUCCAGACCAAGCGGAAGCAAGCGACCAGCGACUUCCUAUCACGUUAAGAGCAAAAAACCGCGUUUGGACAGAAAUCAGAAUAAAGACCCAAGACGCAGAGACUUUAAGGAUAAGAGCAGGGGAAAAGGACGCAAAGGUGUCGAUAAAACCAACUCGGUCAACAAAGACAAGCGACCCAUAGGAGGAAAAAUGGCCAACAGGAAAAAAUCGCGGUAACUCCAAAUAAAAUCAUGUUUUAUUGUU